AUGUCGCAAUUUUAUGUAACCUCAUCCAGGAUUGGCCUUGCAGAUGGCCAUAACAUUAGGGUUUACGCGAAGAAGCGUCUGACGAUGGUAUGCACGAUCAUGCUCGCAAGCAUCGUCGCCGCCUGUGGUGGUCUGUUUAUAGCAUGGAUAGCACUAGACGUGUAA